GCUCAGAGUGGAGGAUCAGCGGGCAGACGGAGCUCCAGCAGUCGGUCGGUAUGUAGCAGCAGCGGAGCGUCUGCUCGGGAUUACAAAGAAGGAGAAAAACGCGCUCUUGGACGGAUAUCACCGGCGGGAUUAAGAAAAACAACCUCCCGAGGAUGAUUGACACUCUGUCCGCCUGAAGGACACUGAAACAACCUUUUCCACCUGAUUUAUCUCCGUUUUUAUCACGAAAAUGGCGAACGAGUCUCCGGCCAAGAGUCUGGUGGAUAUAGACCUGGCCUCGCUGCGGGAUCCUGCAGGGAUAUUCGAGUUGGUGGAAGUGGUCGGAAAUGGCACCUAUGGACAAGUCUACAAGGGUCGACAUGUCAAGACGGGACAACUGGCGGCCAUCAAGGUCAUGGACGUCACCGAGGAUGAAGAGGAGGAAAUCAAGCUGGAAAUCAACAUGCUGAAGAAGUACUCUCACCAUAGAAACAUAGCCACCUACUACGGAGCCUUCAUCAAGAAGAGUCCUCCGGGCCACGACGACCAGCUAUGGCUGGUGAUGGAGUUCUGUGGAGCCGGUUCCAUCACAGAUCUGGUGAAGAACACUAAAGGCAACACGCUGAAGGAGGACUGGAUCGCCUACAUCUCCAGAGAGAUCCUCAGGGGAUUAGCUCACCUGCACGCUCACCACGUCAUCCACCGUGACAUCAAGGGACAAAACGUGCUGCUGACUGAAAACGCUGAAGUCAAACUGGUGGACUUUGGUGUGAGCGCUCAGCUGGACCGGACGGUUGGUCGGAGGAACACCUUCAUCGGGACGCCGUAUUGGAUGGCUCCAGAGGUCAUCGCCUGUGAUGAAAAUCCAGAUGCUACCUACGACUACAGGAGUGACCUGUGGUCCUGUGGAAUCACGGCCAUCGAGAUGGCCGAGGGAGCUCCCCCUCUGUGUGACAUGCAUCCAAUGAGAGCCCUCUUCCUCAUCCCCAGAAACCCUCCUCCUCGACUCAAGUCCAAAAAAUGGUCGAAGAAGUUCUUCAGCUUCAUCGAGGGCUGCCUGGUGAAGAACUACACGCAGCGUCCUCCCACCGAGCAGCUGCUGAAACACCCCUUCAUCCGGGACCAGCCCAACGAGAGGCAGGUCCGCAUCCAGCUCAAAGACCACAUCGACCGGACCAAGAAGAAGAGGGGAGAGAAGGAUGAGACGGAGUAUGAAUACAGUGGCAGUGAAGAAGAGGAGGAAGAGGCAUCUGAGCAAGAAGGAGAGCCGAGCUCCAUCGUCAACGUGCCGGGCGAGUCGACUCUGCGCCGGGACUUCAUCCGGCUGCAGCAGGAGAACAAGGAGCGCUCGGAGGCGCUGCGUCGCCAGCAGCUCCUCCAGGAGCAGCAGCUCCGUGAGCAGGAGGAGUACAAACGCCAACUGCUGGCCGAGAGGCAGAAACGUAUUGAGCAGCAGAAGGAGCAGCGGAGGCGGCUGGAGGAGCAACAACGGCGUGAGCGCGAGAUGAGGAGGCAGCAGGAGCGCGAGCAGCGCCGACGCGAGCAAGAGGAGAAGAGACGCGUCGAGGAGAUGGAGCGACGCCGCAAAGAGGAGGAGGAGCGCAGGAGGGGCGAAGAGGAGAAGAGGAGGGCCGACCGGGAACAGGAGUACAUCCGCCGUCAGCUGGAGGAGGAGCAGAGGCACCUGGAGAUCCUGCAGCAGCAGCUGCUCCACGAACAGGCCAUGCUGCUGGAGUAUAAAUGGCGGGAGCUCGAGGAGCAGCGUCAAGCCCAGAAGCUCCAGAGACAGCUGCAGCAGGAGCAGGCCUACCUGCUGUCCCUCCAGCAGAACCAGAACCCGGAUAGUAACAAAACAGCCCAGCAACCGAGCAGCACCAAACCCCCACAGAGCGCUGACCAGGACAGGAUAAAGCCCCCCCCGCUGAGCCCUGAGCCGGAUACAACAACAGAACAACCGCAACAGAGCACCGACUCUGAAAGUCAGAAACAUCACAGUCUGGAGAAAACUACAGAAGCCAAGCUCCCUGCCGCUGACCUCCAAGGCCCCGCCCCCGACUCUGAGCCAAUCAGAGAGGCUGACGAGCGGUACCGGAAGAACAUCCAGGGUUCUCCUCAGGCGGCGCAGAUCAAACCACAGCUGCCUCCGGUGCCACCGCGCUCCGAGUCCUCCUACCCCAACGGGAACCCGGCGGUGGCGGAGGCCCCCGCCGCCAUGCACCGGCCUGUGGAACCACAGGUCCGUUCCCAUCUGGCUGCGUUAAAGAGCAGCGUCAGCGUGGCCUCGUCAAACUCCUCCUCCUCCGCCGCCGCCGGCACGCCGCCCGUUGUGUCGCGGUCGCACUCCUUCAGCGAGCCGCUCGUCGCCCCUAGCUUUGAAAAUCUUCACCUUCGCAACAGCCAGGAACACCAUCACCCUCCAUCUUCAUCAUCAUCACCAUCAUCAACAACGCCUGCACGCUCUGACCCACAACCCCACCCCCAGCAUAGACCCUCAGCCCCCCCUUCAGAGGAGGUCCCUCCCAGGGUUCCUGUAAGGACUACGUCAAGGUCCCCGGUGUUGCCGAGGCGAGACUCGCCUCAACGCCAUGGCAACGCCUCACACGGCGGCCAUGCCGUGCACCGCCCCGCUGCCAGUGCGCCGGAGCCCCGGCUGCUGUGGGAGCGGGUGGAGAAACUGGUUCCCAGACCGACCGGUAACAGCGGCAGCGGAGGCUCCAGUUCCUCCAGCAGCUCCAGUAACUCCAGCUCUCAGCCCGGUUCUCACUGCGGCUCUGGAGAGAGAUUCAGGGCCCGCUCUUCCUCCAAAUCAGAGGGCUCGCCCCUCCAACGGCCCGAGAAUGCUGGGAAAAAACCCGAGGAGAGGAGGGACCUGGUCAGGCCGAACAGACCGGCGGACCUGACGGCUCUGGCGAAGGAGCUGCGUGCGGUGGAUGACGUUCGCCCCCCAAACAAGGUGACGGAUUACUCAUCCUCCAGUGAAGACUCGGACACCACUGAUGAAGAUGACGAUGAGGAGGUAGACCAGGAGGCAGGCGAAGAGUCCACCUCUGGCCCGGAAGACUCCCGAGCUGUUUCUUCCAGGCUGAGUAACGGAGAGACCGAGUCGGUGAAAACUAUGAUUGUUCACGAUGAAGGCGAUGAGGCCGGCUCAAUGCCUUGCAAAGACAGCACGCUGAUCGUCAGACAGAGUAGCCGCUGUAGUCGGCCCUUUGCUCUAGCUAACACCUUCCCAAACCCUGAACUCAUCAGGAACACGGUUAGACCCACAGUCGUCUACCCCUCUUUCUACUUCCAGAGUGCAGGUGACAUCAGAAAACGUCCGAGCCCCGGCCCGGGCCCGGGCCAAGCCCAGACCCCGGGCCAAGCCCAGACCCCCGGCCCGCUCGCGGGCUUCGCCCCGAGUCCCGGCUCGGUGUCGGGCCCGGGCCUCGGCCACCUCACCCCCAGCCCCCAUCAUCAUCAUCAUCACCACCACCACCAUCACCCCACGCAGCACCCGGACAGGAACGGCUUUGCCGGCCGCAUCCACCACCUCCCAGACCUGAUCCAGCAGAGCCACCAUUCCUCCCCCUCCUCCUCCGCAUCCAACUCCCCUUCCUCCUCCAGCCUCGCCAGCCCCUCCACCAUGUCCCCCCAGAGCCCCCUGGACAAGCUCAGCCUCCUCAUAGAGAGCCAGUCUAGUAACAACAUGCAGAAACACAAGUCUUCUUCCUCCUUCACUCCGUUCAUCGACCCACGCCUUCUCCAAGUCUCUCCAUCCACCGGCAGCGCCCUCAACAACAUCGGCUACGGGAACGACGCCGCCCGGCUGGCGGAGGCACUGAGGGCCGACCCGUCUCGGAAGGGCUCCGUGGUCAACGUUAACCCCGUCAACACCCGCCCGCAGAGCGACACGCCAGAGAUCCGCAAAUACAAGAAGAGGUUCAACUCUGAGAUCCUGUGUGCUGCACUCUGGGGAGUGAACCUGUUGGUGGGAACAGAGAGCGGUCUGAUGCUGUUGGAUCGCAGCGGUCAGGGGAAAGUUUACCCUCUGAUCAACCGGCGGCGCUUCCAGCAGAUGGACGUCCUGGAGGGACUCAACGUCCUGGUCACCAUAUCAGGUAAGAAGAAUAAACUCCGUGUGUACUACCUGUCCUGGCUGAGGAACAAGAUCCUGCACAACGACCCUGAGGUGGAGAAGAAACAGGGUUGGACCACCGUAGGAGACCUGGAGGGCGCCGUCCACUACAACGUUGUGAAAUAUGAGAGGAUCAAAUUCUUAGUUCUGGCUCUGAAGAACUCAGUGGAGGUCUACGCCUGGGCACCCAAACCCUACCACAAGUUCAUGGCCUUCAAGUCUUUUGGUGACCUGGUGCACAAGCCCCUGCUGGUCGACCUAACCGUGGAGGAAGGUCAGAGGUUAAAGGUCAUCUACGGCUCAGCUUCAGGCUUCCACGCCGUGGAUGUGGACUCUGGGGCUGUCUACGACAUCUACCUGCCUACUCACAUCCAGACCCAUAUCCAGUCUCACGCCAUCAUCAUCCUGCCCAACACGGACGGCAUCGAGCUGCUGGUGUGCUACGAGGACGAGGGCGUUUACGUCAACACCUAUGGACGCAUCACCAAGGACGUGGUGCUGCAGUGGGGGGAGAUGCCAACCUCAGUGGCCUACAUCCGUUCCAACCAGAUCAUGGGUUGGGGAGAGAAGGCCAUAGAGAUCCGCUCGGUGGAGACCGGGCAUCUGGACGGCGUCUUCAUGCACAAGAGAGCCCAGAGACUCAAGUUCCUCUGUGAAAGAAACGACAAGGUGUUCUUCGCCUCCGUUCGGUCUGGAGGCUCCAGCCAGGUCUACUUCAUGACUCUGGGCCGAAGCAACCUGCUCAGCUGGUAGAGGUCCACGCCCUGCCCUCUUCCUCCUCCUUCUCCUCAUUGUCCUCCAUCCUCGCUAACACUGGAUCUCAGAACCCACCGUCGAUGUCCCGUCAGCCCUCGGACAACCAAAAAGAGAACAAAGUCAACAAACCAACCGGCCCCUUUUUUUUGAGGCAGUUGACAAAACAACAACAAUGACUUUCACCUUUCCUCUGCAGCUGCAGCCGGAGCUCCGGGGCCGUCCGGGGACGCAGCGACGACCCGGUCAAGAUGUCACGCAGUCGUCGCCCACCUGAAGUGAUGAAAUCAAUGAUUAAUUAAUAUAUGAAAGAAAUUAAUUAAAUGUGAAUUUAAGAAAAGGGGGCAAACUACUUUUUGUUUCCCCUCUCUCCGUUUUUCUUGGUGCUCAUCACGUCGCGAUGGGAUCGAUUCUUUUUUUUCUGACCUCUGCAUCAUUUCCGUGCUCCGGGCUGGUCAGUAAGCUUGAGGUCUUCUACCUACUAGUACUGCUACCACUAUUAUUACUACUACUACUACUACUACUGCUACUACCUUCUGCAGGUCUGCCUCUUGUAAGAGAGUUCCCCCUCUGCCCCAUGUUCCCGCCCUCCGACCUGUCUUCUGAGCGUUUCAUGGGGCCGGUGGGGUGGGAGUUUGUUGUAUUAAUACUGCAGUAGUGUGUGUAAAUGUACUUCUGUUUGGUCCAAUUACUGCUGACAUGCUGGUUAGAGGUGGAGACUAUCAGCCGGGGGUGAAUUGUAAAACCCCCGGAGCCGGUGGGACUAAUAUUUGGCCUAAUAUUUGAGGUUCUACUGUAAGUCUGAUUGAUGGGACUCGACAGGUGGGUGUGUGUGUGUCGUUGAAGUAUUGUGUUGUUUGGACAGGUGCUUUAAAAAAAAAGGGGGGAUGAUGGAGAGAGAGAGAGAGAGAGAGAGAGAGAAAGAUGCUGAAGCAGAUGGAUUUCAGAAUAGUAUUUUUUGAAUUAUUACUAUUAUUAUUCCUUGAAGAUAAGUGUAACUAUGUGGAGUAAAACAUGUCUUUUACCUUGUUUUUUAAGAUUUACGCACAUCCACACACAGUUUGCUUGCUUUUACUCUGAACCCCACAGAAGGUGUGUUUGUCGAAGAAGAAAGUGACGUGGGUGUGGUCCAAAAAACAUUUAAGGUGUCUAUGUACAAUAAAGAGUUCAUUGAAUCUUCCAGAUAGUGUCAGUGGUCAUGUUUUUCCCCCCACCAGUCAAACAUGACCACCUUCCUCAUCUCGGGUAGGGAGGUCAGCUAACGGCUCUCAACUUGUGAACUGCUGUGAAUAGUAAGAUAUAAAAAAAGAUGAUUAAGUAGAGGAGAAAGUUCAGUGUGUGUGUGUGUGUGUGUGCGAGGCGGUUAAGGAGAGUUAAGUGUCAUCGACGAAUUGGAUUUUAUGCGGCAGAGAGGUAAACGCAUGGUCAGCAGGCUUUUUUCUGGAAGGCGUUUUUUUCCAUUUCGUUAUUUCAAAUCACUUUUUUUCAUUUCUGUCAUUUGUAUGAAUGCAACGCACUAAGUGUCAAGAAUGUAGAAAGAAACGUAUUACUGUGUGGUGGUCCAAAGGCAUGAGAUGAUGUUUAUUUGCUUUGUAUCUUGUCACAAGUGAUCAAUCCUUAGAUGUUCAAUUUCGAGUUAGCGGCGGCGGAGCGAGCGAGCCUCGACGUCAGGUGUAGAUAUUUUCUGGAUUCGCAAAACCUUUCCACAGCUGUGAGAAUCUAAGCAAACGCUGAGAGUGUGCGUCAGAGCUGGGGAGGGUUUUUUCUGGCGUACAUCAAACGAGGACGUUAUCAAUACAACACUCUGGAUUUCAGUGUUACUGUGAUGAAGUGUCACACAACGAGCAACACGGAGCAGAACUUUUCGGCUGAAACUGGAGACGGAAACCCACUUUUUUUGGGAAGGAAUCUCUAUUUUGUGCUCCCCUCCCCCCCGCCCUCCCUUCCUGCUCCAGCUGUUAUUUAAGUUGUCUGUAUAUGUGAAAGACUGGGCAGCAAACUGCAGCAUUGAUCUCUUGUCAGGCUGAGCUGGAUUUUCCUCCAUUUCCACAGCGACUCACUGAAACAACGGGGCAAAGGAGAGUCCACUUUGUGCUCUCAUUUCCUGUCCAAACAUAUCGGGUCGCAAACAAGUUUACCUUGGGUGUGUUUUUCCCCCUGACGAUAACAAUCACGCAGUGUUUUUGACAUGUGAAAAGGUUACUGUCGGUCACUCAGUAAAACUUUUCCCUCCCCUCUUAAAGAAAAGCCGUUUGGACCCCCCCAACGCUGUGUCGUCUGAGGUCUGUGUGUGCAGUAAUACCCAGUAUGUGUGUCUCUUAUUGCAUCAAGGCCUUGAUGAGUGGCUGUAUCGACUUCAUGGAAACAAUUGUGGUUAUUAUUGAUAUUCUUAAUGGGCUAAAAUAGAUUGAGAGUCUAUAUCUGAUGAGAAAAACUGGUAAAUUGGAACAAAGUGCCAAGAGGGCAGCAUUUAAAACAUGUAUUGUUAUGAAAACCACUACUUGGAAAUCCUUUAUAAAAAGAAAAGAAAAGAAAAAUCACUUGAAGCAUUGUGUAUUCUUAAGUUUUAGACCUCGUCGGGAAGCUUAACGAUAGUUUCUGUUGUUUCUGUAAGUCUAUGUACACGUAACAAUAUGCGACUGCGGUGGUUUAAUAUUAUUACGCUCACCUUAGGUGGAGAAAAUGUUUACAGAGGCAAUGUUUUGUUACACUAAUGUGCAUCACCAUAUUUAUGUUUAAUGCAUUUGUUUUUGAGCCUAGUUUUUAUUGGAUAUUUUAAAUUGUUUUUGUCAUCCCCCCCCUUUACCCAACUUAACAACCUACUUACAAAACAAUAAAGAACACACGUGUUGUUCAUUUCAGGUAUUCACAUAGCGCUGCUUCAACGUGGAAACAUUGCAGUAACGUUCCCCUGCAGGCUUGGAUGUGUGACGGCGAUGUGUUUUUUCCUCUGCUGUUUCUGCCAUGCUACUCUAACUUAUGUCCUUUCUCUGUGUGUAUGACAGGAAGUCGUGUAUUUUCCUGGAGGUUUUUUUCUUUGAAUAAACUUUAAAAGUAAUUUUAAAAAA